UCGUACAACCCAUCGCGAGUUUUGAACGCAGUUUUAUGCUGGUCUGCAACAUCGCGAGUUUUGAACGCAGUUUUAUGCUGGUCCGCAGGGUCGACUUCAAUCUGGUGGUAACCAGACUUGAGGUCAAUCUUGCAGAAGACCUUGCAUCCACCUGCAACAUCAAGCAAAUCAUCAAUGUGUGGCACAAGGUACCGAGACAAAGUCAGUGGGUACCAAAGACGGCCAUCGCCGCUCCUAAACCCUUUACAGGGGAUAAGAGGGGCGAAGACCUCGACACUUGGUUGAGGGCAGUGUCGGUCUGCGUCAAGUGCAAACUCACCUUGCCACACGAGGAAGUGCUUGUGGCUGCCUCCUAUCUAGAGGGGAGUGCAGCACGAUGGUUGAGUGGUUUAGUGCAGCUACAGGGGUACGGUCAUGACUUUCUCGCUUGCGAGGUCACCCAGAAAUUGGAUGACUUCCUCAAGUUGGUGGAAGACAGGUGGCAUGAUCCUCAGGAAGCCCAAAAGGCUACUGAUGCGAUCCUGACACUGCAUACUCGGCAGUUUAAGUCAGUAAGGGAGGCCACUGACACUGUAGAGCGUCUGAUCUGUGUCCCUGGGGUGCGCUAUGACCCGCAGGUCUUACUCACCUCCUACUUGAGAUGCUUUCCCAUGCCUCUCAGGAAUCAGUUGGCAGGUGAGGCCAACAUCAAUAUGCACAACUUUCCCUCGUUUAGCAAGAAGGCCCUAGACCUUGAGGCAAAGAUAGGGCAUGGACAAACACCCACUACGGAUGGUAGGAGAAAGUCACUGCCUCCCAACUGGAAGGCGAAGGGUCGCAUUAUGUUUGUCGAUAACGAUGGUUCAACCAUCGAGUUAGAUGACAACUUCCAGGAGGGAGUAGGUUUAGAGGCUAGCAGCGUAGAGGCUUCAGGGGGUGGAGUAGUCGCUGCCGUAGCUCAAAAAGGUAAGGCGACCGAUAGACGUCGUGGAGGUUCCCGGUCAAGGAGUCAAGUAGACCCCAAUGCUCCCCCAUGGGAGAAAGCGGGUCUCACAGAGGACGUGUGGAGAGACCGGUACACCCAGCAAGCUUGCAUUCGUUGUGGCCAAUAUGGCCAUAACCAAUUCAAGUGUCGUAACAAAAAGGUGACGGAGAAGAUCCCGCCUACGAUGGGGCAGGCGUUGGGAUCCUCCACUCCCGUUGGAAGCAAUGUGGCCAGCAGUUCUGGCACCGCUCCGAGAAACACGUGUGAGGCUGCUUUCAAACAAUUGAAGCAUGCGUUGACACACCAUGAGGUCUUGAAACUUCCUGAUCCUGACAAACCUUUUGUAGUAACUACGGAUGCUAGCCAAUAUGGCAUAGGCGCCGUACUUGCGCAGCAGGAGGGCAAAAAGUUGAGGCCGGUAGAGUACAUGUCCAAGAAGAUGCCCUCUCAAAAGCUGGCUAAGUCUACCUAUGAGAAGGAGCUCUACGCAAUCUACAAAGCGCUCACCCAUUGGAGGCACUACCUCCUUGGUCGCUUCUUCUAUGUCAGGGCUGAUCAUCAAACCCUCAGAUGGAUGAAGACUCAACCGGUACUCUCCGAUGCUCUGAAGCGUUGUAUCGAAGUCAUUGAGCAAUAUGACUUCGAACCCCAGUACAUCAAGGGGGAGUACAACAAAGUUGCUGAUGCGUUGUCGCGUAGACCAGAUUUUCUCGGUGCGCUGGUCACCGAAUUUGGGCUUGAGGACAAUAUUACUCGGUCUUUGGUGGAUGCCUAUCGCGAGGACCUGUUUAUGGCCGAGAUCAUACACAAACUCGAGGCGAAAGACAAAGAGACUUCUCCUGAGUUUGAGUUGGUCAACGGCCUGCUGUUCCUUGAGAAGGCCGGGAAUAAGCGUUUGUGUGUUCCUAAUAGAGAGUCUUUGCGGAGUUUAUUUCUAGGUGAGUGUCAUGAUGCCACCGGACAUUUUGGUUUCAAGAAGACUGUAGCUAAUCUGUUGCAGCGGUUUUGGUGGCCCACAAUGAUGAGAGAUGCCAAACUGUAUGUCGAGACUUGUAAAGUUUGUCAACAUGACAAGUCCCGGACACAGGCUCCUCUUGGGUUGCUCAAACCCCUUCCGAUUCGGGAAAGGCCUGGUGAAAGCCUGUCCAUGGACUUCAUGGAUACGCUAGUCACCAGCAAGAGUGGCAUGAGGUACAUCUACGUCAUUGUGGAUAGAUUUAGUAAGUAUGCUAGGUUAGUGGCCAUGCCGAAAACAGCAAAGACCGAGUACGUUAUGAAGCUAUUUAAGGAAAACUGGGUUAGAGACUUUGGCCUGCCGAAGUCUAUAAUCAGCGACAGGGAUGUCCGAUUCACCAGUGAAUUGUGGAAGGCCGCAGCUGCAGAACAAGGAACGCAGCUGCAGAUGACAUCUGGAAAUCAUCCGGAGGCAAAUGGACAGGCAGAGCAGAUGAACCCCGCUGUUCAACACUUGUUGAGGCACUACAUUAAGCCCAAUCAAGUGGACUGGGAUGAGAAGCUUGCUCUCAUCGCCAGCCUGUAUAACAACGCAGUUCAUAGUGCCACGGGAACUGUAGUACUAGUAGCAAUAGCAGGAGGAGGAGGAGGAGGAGGAGGAGGAGAAGGAGGAGGAGGAGGAGAAGGAGAGGAGGAGGAGGGGGAGGAGGGGGAGGAGGGGGAGGAGGAGGAGGAGGCGGAUGAGGAGGAGGAGGAGGAGGAAGAAGAGGAGGAAGAGGAAGAGGAGGAAGAGGAGGGGGAGGAGGAGGAGGAGGAGAGGAGCAGGAGGAGGAGGGGGAGGAGGAGAGGAGCAGCAGCAGGAGGAGGAGGAGGAGGAGGACAGGGACGAAGAGGAGGAAGAGGAGGAAGAGGAGGAAGAGGAGGAAGAGGCGUAGGGUGCAGAUACCUACCACCUCUUGCGACCGACAGGACUCGUCUACUGCGAGUGCAUGCCAGCAGGUCAUCAACCAAGAAGAUGAAAUCGAUGGCGAGAAGAACCGACUUUCAGACGAUGACAUCGAUGGUCAACAACCAACCGCACGUGGUAGGGUCGUACGUUGCAUGUCCGCAAAGACGAGAGUUCGAUCCCUGGCUCAGACAUCAAUCAUCCAUGAUUUCCCAGCAGACGUGGUGAGCGCGAUGAGGUGAGCGAUGGUGGCGUGUAGCGAUAGUGUCAGUCCACGAAUGCAGGGGUACGAUAGGUACGUGGUUACUGACGCCCAACACGUGCAUGCGCAUCUCAAGGACAACGUGUCCCCACAACA